AUGGGCAAGUCACAGAGUAAACUGUCCCCGGAACAGCUCGCUGAGCUGCAGAAGAACACUUAUUUCGAUAAGAAGGAGCUUCAGCAAUGGUACAAGGGCUUCCGCAAGGAUUGCCCAUCGGGCCAGCUCGACAAGGCUGAAUUCAGUCGCAUCUACAAGCAGUUCUUCCCCUUUGGCGACCCAGGCGAAUUCGCCGAUUACGUCUUCAAUGUCUUCGAUGAAAACAAGAACGGGACUAUCGACUUCAAGGAAUUCAUUGGCGCGCUCAGCAUCACCAGCCGAGGGCGGCUAGACGAGAAGCUCAAAUGGGCUUUCCAACUUUAUGAUAUCGACAAGGAUGGUACUAUCACUUACGACGAGAUGCUGCAAAUCGUGCAAUCCAUCUACAAGAUGACGGGCGAGAUGCGUGUCGACAAGAUCUUUAAGAACAUGGAUAAGGACAAAGACGCCAAGUUGACCUUUGAAGAGUUUGUUGAGGGCUCCAAGCAAGAUCCUACUAUCGUUCAGGCUCUGUCGUUGUACGAUGGUCUUGUGUAA